GGGUAUUAAUCUGCAGCCCGGAUCCGAGUCUGGGCCACAACUGCUUCGUCCUCGGGAGGUUAAGGUUCAUGUUUCGCUGUCCGGUUGCUUUCGGCCCUGGAAGCGGUUCCGGAACAAUCGACCCGCGACCCGGCCUGUCAAAGGGGGAGUUUCUCAGCCACAGGGGGUCGGAGGAGGCGAGUGAAUAGAAACGGAGGAGAGAGGGAUUCUCUUGAACUUACAGCAGCAGCAAAAUGGCUCCCUGAUACUAUACUUUGGAAAUUAUCAAACACCAAUAUUGAACAAUGCUACCAGACACGUGAACCUACUUUGCAAAGCAAAGCCCUAAGCCUGAGGGUAUUAACAUUUCAGCAUGGCAGAGGACGAUCUGAUCUUUGACAUAGAAGGAGUUGGCAUCGGAAAUAGAGACUCAAGAGAGGAUAGUGAUGAUGACGAACAGUACCUUAUUUGCUCCAUUACAGAUUAUGAUGACCUUAAUAAACCAAGAAAGAUCUGCAACCACAACUUCAUGAAGAACAAAUUUUGUGAAACCUCCAGCUCCCCUAAAAAACCUUUUAACGUUAAGAAUCACCAGACCCCUCCUAAGUUUGGCUCAAUAACUGACCGAGGUCGGGAUGCUUGGCGACAUGCAUUGGAAAAAGCCAAACACAUACCUGAUCCUUGGGCAGAAUUCCAUCUGGAAGAAAUUGAGACCGAGCCAGCAACUCGUUACAGGUACAAUGCUAUUUCAGGAAAAUGGGUAGAAGAUGAAGUAUUCAUGAAAAUGGCAAAACAGCCUUUUGGUCGUGGUGCAAUGCGGGAAUGUUACAGAACGAAGAAGCUUUCAAAUUUCACACGUCAUCAGCAGUGGAAAUCUGCCUCUAAUUAUGUAGCAAAGUGCUACUUAGAUUCUGUGGAUCGAAAUGUGUAUUUUGAGGAUGUACGACUUCAAAUGGAAGCAAAGCUCUGGGGAGAAGAGUACAACAGGCACAAACCUCCAAAACAGGUUGAUAUUAUGCAGAUGUGUAUUUUGGAGAUGAAAGAUAGGCCUGGAAAGCCUCUGUACCACUUGGAGCACUAUAUAGAGGGUAAAUACAUCAAAUACAACUCCAACUCUGGCUUUGUGAGGGAUGAAAAUUUCCGCCUUACUCCACAGGCAUUUAGCCAUUUCACCUUUGAACGCUCCGCACACCAGCUGAUUGUUGUUGACAUCCAAGGAGUGGGAGAUUUGUACACAGACCCUCAAAUUCAUACAUUUGGUGGCACAGACUUUGGAGAUGGCAAUUUGGGUGUGCGAGGGAUGGCCUUGUUUUUUCAUUCUCAUGCUUGCAAUAGCAUUUGUAAGAAAAUGGGACUUACACCAUUUGAUUUAUCGCCUAAAGAAAAGGAAACAUUGGAACAUGCACAGAAUCUAUUGAAAACAGCCAAAACUGUCCUUCGCGGCACGGAGGAAGUCUGUGGGAGCACUCGAGUGAGGACCAUCUCUGGCUCAAGACCUCCAAUUCUCUCACGCCUCUCAGAGACCUCUGCAGAUGAUAAUAUGAGCGACAGCACAUUUGACUCUCUUCCCUGCUCCCCAUCAUCUUGGUGGAGUCCCAAGGAAGACUUGCUGGGAAAAUCUCCGAUGGGUUGGACAGUAUUUAAUGAAGUUGAUAAUUUGAGUGAUGAACACAGUGAUUCAUUGGCUGAGAGAAGGGUUUCUGAAAAUGGUGGUGACAGUGGAUGCCCCAGUGAGCGGAGAAGUGAACUGGAAGGGGAGCUUGCAGAUCGGAUGAAUGCAAGUAUGAGAAGGUAUUGUGAAUCCGAUGAAGACAGUAUUCGAAGGGAUCACCACAGCGAAGACAAAUGGAACCAUUACCAUACAUCCCGGGCUCACAUGCAUCGGCCUUCGUGUGUAGCUGUUGAGGUGGAGCGACUAAAUGCCAUCAAGCAGGAAAAGAAAAUAGGGAAGUCCAUACUGGGCAAGGUGCACUUGGCUAUGGUACGUUAUCAUGAGGCUGGUCGAUUCUGUGAUAAACUGGAAGAGUGGGAUCGCAAUUCUGCAGUCUUCCAUCUUGAACAUGCUGCUCUUUGUGGGGAACUGGAAGCAAUUGUUGCUCUUGGCCUAAUCUAUCUGCAGUUGCCUCAUCACAUCUUGACAGAUGUCACUGUGGAGGAUACUCAACAGAACAGGCAGAGUGGCUUUGACUACUUGCUGAUGGGUGCAGAAGCAGGAGAUCGUCCAUCCAUGAUUCUCGCAGCUCGAGCCUUUGAUACUGGCAUCAACCUGAGUCCCAACAGGACUCAAGACUGGAAGGAAGCUUUACAUUGGUACACUGCUGCUCUGAACAUGACUGAUUAUGAUGAAGGUGGAGAGUACGAUGGCACAGGAGAUGAACCUAAGUAUUGCCUCCUUGCUCGAAAGGCAGAGAUCCAUAUGACAGGAGGGUUUGGUGUCGAGCCAGACCCACAGAAAGCAGGAGACCUCUUCACAGAAGCAGCAGACGCAGCAAUGGCAGACAUGAAGGGCAGACUCGCCAAUCAGUACUACCAGCGGGCAGAGGAAGCUUGGGCCAUGAUGGAGGAAUAAACCUUUGACCUACAGACAGCUGAUUGUCAAAGUCAUUUUGGGGAAAAAAAAGACUGUUACUGUUUACUAAAUGUCAAAUGUCUUCCUUUUUUGCCUGUGCAGAAUGCUUGGAAUUUCUUCUCCUGUAUUUUUAUCAUGGCGUUGAAUACCCUUUGUGAAUGAUCAGAACCAGUGCAAACGCGGGCUGAAUAGCCUCCUUCUAUGCUGUACUUCUAUGAUUCUUGUAAUGUAACGGGUCUGUGUUAAUCUGUAUCAGCUUCCUAUGGCAUUGUUAUCACAGGCACUUGCCUGAGUAUAACAGCACUUUUUAUAUUCUUUGAGAAUGCAAGGGCUAUUUGCAGAGAAAGUGGGAUUUUAUUACGAUUAUUGAUCACAUCUGAUUCUGCCCUUAUAUGGUUAUGAGUUUAAGAAAAGCACCUUCAUGCUAUUCCACUGCAUCAUUUUUCACCAAAAGGAGAUAGCAACACACCGUACUGAAAUACUUCAGUUAUGUUUACAAUGUGUGAGGUUGGGGAAGAACGUGUGCAGGACAGUUAACAAGUUAAAGAGACUCAUUGCAAAACCAGAUUUGUUGAACCUGGGUUUACUUACAAACGCACAACACAGUGACACAUUUGACUGAAUAGCAGCAUCGUGUUGCUAGUUUACAGAUGCCUCCAGCACCUCUGGCUGCAGAGCAAAGAGGUUACAAGAUCCAUGAUAGGCUUUACUGUCCCUUCAGACCUCACCCUAUGAUGCUUAAUAUUUAUUUAUCUAUAGCACCUUAAUGCAUCAAAGCAUCUCAGUGCGCUCUAGAUAAUGAAUGACUUUAAGGUGCAAUGACUGUUAUGUAUGCAACCAUUUUGUGGCAUCGGAGUGUCACAUUGACUUUGGUGCUGUUGAUUAAGGGAGGAAUGUUGGCUUUUCAAAAGGUGCCAGAGGAUCUUUAAUGUCAACAGGCAGGCAAAGACCUUAGUCUAACAAUUCACCUCACCAUCUCCACCCAAAAGCAGAAAGGUCCCAUCAUCGGCCUUAAAAUUGCCUAGCACCAAGAAGGUGCAACCUACUGCAGUGAUGCAAUACAGCAAAGGUGAUCAGAACAACUUGUGCCAGUUCCUGGGCUGUGCAAGACACUGAGGUCAAUAGCUGUAGAGGUCCCAGGGUCAUUGCUUGAUAAGGAAGCCUCCUGCCCCAUUUAAGUAGGCUAAUGCUAUACACUCUGUACCUAAUGUGAAAACAAUGUAUUCUCUGUAUGAUCCUGGCUGGGUAAGUGCAAGUGCCAUGCAAUGUGUAACCUAUAAAGUACCCUCUCCCAAAAAAAUAUGAAGACCUCUGAACCAUUGAAAAACCUGUUUUUUAGAGCCAACUACUAACGCACAACUGAUUGAAAAGCAGUCAUGGGCCACUGGCCGAUGGUGAUGACACAAGGCACUUCUGUCUCUCCUCAUAAUUCAAAAAGAUAAUAGCCUAACAAACAUUUUCCGUGAAUACAUUGCCUCUAAUGUUAAACAUAAUCUUAGUUAGGCACCAUUGAUUGUACAAUGACUGCAGUGCACUCCUGCAAAUCAACAGUCGCUUACUGAUAGAAGGGAGAUGGUUUACAAAGUUCUUAUGUAUAAAGUGUAUGUGCUUAGCAAGAAUAAAUUCUUUUUAUUGUUUUAA